CACCAGGCAUCGCAGCCAGCACUCGCCAACGUCGCGCGACAGGUAUCGCAAGUCCUAUGACCCUCGCGUCCGACAAACAGCACACGUUUCCAUCAUGAGCGGCAGGCUCGUCUCUGCACGCCUCGCAACGCUCGCGCGCCGGACCGCACUGCACACGCCACGCCGGUACACGACGCACUCGCUCCCCGCCGGUGGUCUCCUACGCAAUGAAGCGGGCCUGCGCCUGAUCAAACGGCGCCCGUGGCCGCUCGGCAGCUACGCACUGCACAACCUGCCCGCCACACGCUCCAUCUCCUUUGCACGUGUCAUACCCAAGCUGGUCACCAAGUUCGCGACCGCUGGAGCCGCUGCUGGGGGCGCUGUGAUUGCAGGCGUCUCGUAUAUCCAGUACCAGGCCGGCCAGGCCGGCAGCUUUGCCAUCGAUCUCUUUGGUCGCGCGAAGGAUGGCGUGGGCAACGUCGCGGGCGGCGCGCUCGACUCGGCAAACAGCUUCUUCGGCCAGAUUGACCAGGGCUGGCGCAAUACAAAGGAGAACUUGGAGAAGGCCGAAUACCCUGAGUGGCUGCAGAAGCUGCUGGCUGGAGACGAGUCCGGCGGCGCAGGAGGCGGCGGCGGCCAAGGCCCUGAAGAACCUAAGAAGAGCGGCGGCGCGGGCACUGCUGCUGCUGGUGCCUCGACAGCGGCUGCAUUUGGAUCUUCGCAGGAGGACGACACCAACGCGAACGAGGCCGAGAAGAUCGCCAGGGACGAGCAGAUGAUGAUGCUCACCAAGAAGAUGAUCGAGAUCAGAGGGCUGCUGCAGACGGUCGGCCAGUCGGACUCGCUGACGCUGCCGUCCAUCGUCGUCAUCGGCUCGCAGUCCUCUGGGAAGAGCUCAGUACUGGAGGCCAUCGUCGGACACGAGUUCCUCCCCAAGGGCCACAACAUGGUCACGCGCCGCCCCAUCGAGCUGACUCUCGUCAACACGCCCGACGCGCAAGCCGAGUAUGGAGAGUUCCCUGCGCUGGGCCUCGGCAAGGUCACCGACUUCAGCCAGAUCCAGAGGACACUGACCGAUCUGAACCUGGCCGUACCUGCGUCCGACUGCGUUUCUGACGACCCCAUCCAGCUGCGAAUCUACUCGCCCAACGUACCAGAUCUCUCCCUGAUCGACCUGCCCGGCUACAUACAAGUCGUGGGGCGGGAUCAGCCACCUGAGCUGAAGGAGCGCAUCUCCCAGCUGUGUGAGAAGUACAUCAGGGCGCCCAACGUCAUCCUCGCCAUCUCGGCCGCCGACGUGGAUUUGGCAAACAGCACCGCCCUGCGAGCAUCGAGGAAGGUCGACCCGCGUGGCGAGCGGACUAUUGGUGUCAUCACGAAGAUGGAUCUUGUUGACCCCGAACGCGCUGUCAGCCUGCUCAGCGACAAGAAGUACGCCCUGCGACUGGGCUAUGUCGGCGUCGUCUGCCGUGUGCCAGCCGGGGCAGGCGGCGGCAAGCUGUUCCAGCGAGGCAGCGGCAACAUCCAGACCGCCAUUGCGAAGAACGAGAACGCCUACUUCAGCUCGCAUGCCGAGUUUGCACCCGAAGCACAGCUCGACAUUGGCACAAAAAGCCUCAAGAAGAAGCUGAUGCAUGUUCUUGAACACACCAUGGCAGCCAGUCUGAAGACCACCAGCGAGGCCAUCCAGCGCGAGCUAGCUGAAGCGACGUACGAGUUCAAGGUUCAGUACAACGAGCGCCCAUUGAGCGCCGAGUCCUAUCUCGCGGAAUCGCUCGACUCCUUCAAGCACUCCUUCCGCGGCUUCACCGAGUCCUUUGGCCGCCGCGAGGUGCGCGAACUCCUCAAGCACGAGCUCGACCAGCAGGUCCUCAAUCUCCUCGCACAGCGCUACUGGAACCGGCCCUUCGACGAUCUCAGCCCGCCGCUCCCCGAAACCGACCCGCUCAGCAGCCUCGCAAAAGCCGACCCCGAAGGCGAAGACUCGAUCUGGAAGAUCAAGCUCGACAGCUCCAGCGCCGCCCUCACCAAGCUCGGCGUCGGCCGCCUCGCCACCAGCGUCGUCGCCACCGCCCUCCAGCGCAACGUCGAGUACCUGAUCAGCACCUCGCGCUUCGCCGCACACCCCUUCGCGCGCCAAGCCAUCACCGAGGCCUCGACCGCCAUCCUCAAAGACCUCUCCUACGACAUCUCCGACGAGCUGGAAAUCUGCAUCAAGCCGUACAAAUACCGCAUCGACCUCGACGACGCCGAGUGGGCGCGCGGCCGCACAAACGUCACCGCCGUGCUCAAGGAGGAGCUCAAGACCGCCGAGGCCGCGGCCCGCCGCCUCGACGACGCCGUCGGCGGCCGCAAGAAAGUAAAGGACGUCAUGUCGUUCAUCGACCGCGUGCGCAGCGGCGCCGUCGUGCUCGAGGGCGACGGCUCCGGCGGCGCCGGCGGCUACAGCCAGGCGCUGCUUGACCGAGGCCGCGAAGCCGUCUUCCUCCGCGACCGCAUCGCCCUCCUCACCCUCCGCCUCAGCGCCCUAAAAUCCCGCCCCUGCGCCUCCCCCACCGCGAAAUACACCUGCCCCGAGAUCUUCCUCGACGCCGUCGCCGCAAAACUCACCACCACCGCCGACCUCUUCCUCGACGCCGAACUGCUCUCGAAGUUCUACUACCAGCUCCCGCGCGAGCUGGAUGUGCGCCUCGGCCGUGGGUUGUCCCGUGACGAGAUCGAGCGGUUUGCGCGUGAGGAUCCGAAGAUUAGAAGGCAUUUGGAUGUUGUGAGGAGAAAGGAGGGGCUCGAGAGGGUGCUUAAGGAGGUCGAGGGGUUGAGGCAGUUGGAGGCUAGGGAGAAGAGGGCGGGGAGUCGGGAGAGGGAGAGGGAGAGGGGGGGGCGGAAGGGCGCGGGGUGGAGUUUGUUUUAGAUGGGAG